ACCAGAGAAGAUGGAAUACACUCCGCCUCCUCUAUCGGUACACGCUUAGGUGCAUCACUUGGUCGACGAUUGGAUGGGCCACGCUUAGGAACUACCAUAAGCACCACAACUCCUAUGAACACGAUACCAUGGACCACCAGUGGAACAUCUGGCACUGCCAUUGGGGGGGGUGGCUCUCAGUUACUGGGGUCAUCACCGGCCACGGGCCGAUUCGAAAUGGCUUCUGCAGAUCGGCGAACUGCGAAUGCAUCUAUGGCUACGACUGAAAUACGCAAGUCACUAGUCACCACUGGUUCAGUAGUAUACAACGCCAGUAUAGGGCCCCAGACGACAGCCACUGGUGGUCGCGAGGAUGGUACACCACAGACGCCUUCAUCUGAGAGUUUUCGUGUUCUGUUUAGAAAAAAUUAG